AUGGACCUCCCUUCAUCCUUUACCCUCAACAAUGGCAUGUCGGUGCCUGCCGUGGGAAUUGGCACCUUUCAAGGAGAAGCCGGCAACUCCAAGGUCAAAGAGGCAGUGAAACUGGCGUUGAAAUUGGGCUACAGGCACAUAGACGGCGCCAAUGCUUACGGGAACGAGAAGGAAAUUGGCGAAGCGAUCAAAGAGAGCGGGAUUCCCAGGGAGGAGAUAUUCGUCACAUCCAAGCUAGGAAACAAGCUGACAGAGGACUGCAGCGCUCAAACUUGGCACGACCCAAAUGACGUAGAAAGGGCACUCAAUACCUCUCUGAACGAUCUGCAGCUGGCUUACGGUAGCGUUCAGGCCCCAUCCUAG